AUGGGGCUCUCUCUUGGCCCGCAGAGGAACCGUAAGAACUGCGUCUGCAGCCUCAACCUCAGCCUCUCCAAGCCUGAAGCCGAAGUCCAAAGCCUAGCUCAGUUUCUGUCAAAAACUGUCCCUCUACCGGCAAGUCCUUCAGGCCAGGCAGGGCACUACAGCCACUGCCCGGGCCCGGAGUCCUUGAGGCCGGGUCAGGCACUACAGGCACUAACCCGCACUACGCCCUUCCAGCUGCCCAGAAUCCUAGAGGGCCUCGAGCACUACACUCCUCCAGGGCUUGAGGGCCAGGUCCGCACUACACCGCACUACGAGACGCUGCUGAACGCUGAGCAAGCUGGCGAGGAAGCCGCUACCCAGUUCUUGGAGACCGCAGUGCUGGCGGCCGAAGCAGAGGGUCUGGAAGCUUCAGACGUGGCAAACCCAACCCCGGAGCUUAGCACUGGCAGCGCUGAGGCUCCUCCGCCGGAGACCACGCUGCUGGUGCAAAAGAACUGUUCCAAGUGCCAGCAGCGCUUCGCGCUGGACGACCUCUACAAAAAGAGUGUCAACCGGUACUUGUGCGGCAAUUGUAAUAAAUUGUCGACUUACCUUUGCAGGUUGGACUUGCCAGAGAACUUCCGCCAGCUCAACAGCCAGCAGCUGUGUGAGUUCUACAACAACGUCUCCAAGAUGACCACGCCGGAUGGGAAGCUGAGCCUCCAGAAGGUGUCGACUCAGGUCAAUUUGGUCUUAGAGACGUCGGUCCAAAGCAGCACGAGGUCCAGCCUCGGCUCCGACUACCUGCCCUUGUCGGUGUGGGCCUUCCAAGGAUGGGACCCGAAGCUCGUUGAGCGGGCCGGGAUCAAGAAGGAGGACCCCAAGCUGGGCACAGUCUACAAGAUGGAGAUCUUGAAAGAAACUGUGUCCGAGACGCAGUGCAUCAAAAGAAAGGAAGGCACCACCGUCAACCUUCGCGCGAAGAAGACGAAGCGAAGCCGCACGACAGGGGACGAACCAGCGGUGGAGCUGGUGUCUUCGGACGAGGAAGACAACACGUCCAAGGAGGACAAGCAGGCCAAGAAGCUGCGCAAGUUGCAAGAGAAGCAGCAGCUGAAGACCUUUCAGAAGGACACGGCCACGGCUUCCAAAGCCGUGUCCGUGCUCAGCCCUUUGCUGCUGCAAGUCAGUGACGCCGGCAAGAAAGCCAAGGCCGAGGCCCUGCUUCUGGAGGCGAAAGAGUUCCUGGCCAGCGCGGCCUUGGACAAGACGCUCUCCUUCGAGCCAGCACACGUCGUGACCGAGGCAAACCUUUUGCGCGCCGAGGCAAAGCCAACGGCCGCGCCCAAGAAGCGAGCCAAGGGCAAGGCUAAGGCCAAGGCCCAGCCUGGCUUCGACUGA